UCCUAAUAUGGAAGCGCUGACAGGAGCGCACCAAGACUGGCGAGAUCACGGGGGGAGUCUCGCGGGAUUUCGCCGCCGCCGCGAGGCUCCGCCGCCGCGCUCCCUGGCGGGUUGAGGCGCGGUGUGUCACAGCGGGAGCACAUCCCUCGGUGCGGCGCGGGCGGGCCUUGUGGCGGCCGGGCGGGCGCGGAGCACGGGGCGGGAACCUCCCGCCUUCUCCCACCCGCCGCGUUGGGCAUUCCCCCGCAUCCCGGAAGAGAGAACAGGCCGCUUCCGGUUCCGCUUCCCCGGACCGGACCGGAGCCGUCACCAUGACCGCCACGCUGCGCCCGUACCUGAACGCGGUGCGUGCCACGCUGCAGGCCGCCCUGUGCCUGGAGAACUUCUCCUCGCAGGUGGUGGAGCGCCACAACAAACCCGAGGUGGAGGUCAGGAGCAGCAAGGAGCUGCUGUUGCAGCCGGUGAUCAUCAGCAGGAACGAGAAGGAGAAGGUGCUCAUUGAGGGCUCCAUCAACUCCGUGCGCGUCAGCAUCGCUGUCAAACAGGCCGAUGAGAUUGAGAAGAUCCUGUGCCAUAAAUUCAUGCGCUUCAUGAUGAUGAGGGCUGAGAACUUCUUCAUCCUACGCAGGAAGCCCGUGGAGGGCUACGACAUCAGCUUCCUAAUCACCAACUUCCACACGGAGCAGAUGUACAAGCACAAGCUCGUGGAUUUUGUGAUCCAUUUCAUGGAAGAGAUCGACAAGGAGAUCAGUGAGAUGAAGCUCUCUGUCAACGCCAGGGCCCGCAUCGUGGCAGAGGAAUUCCUCAAGAAUCGUGGCUUCCCGGUGCCUGUGCAGAGCCGCAUGCCGGGGGCCUCCUGCUCUGGCGAAGGAAAGCUGGGCCCCCGGCUGCGAACCCGUCUCCUCGCUGGCCGGGGCGGGGGCGAACCGGGCUUGUGCGUGCGUGGGGCCAGGCGGCCCCGCUCCCUGUCCUGUCGCAUUGUGUUUUAUAAAGAGUUACUUGCUGUACCCCCCCGGGCUCUUAGCUGUGUGGUGGGGGGAUUGCCCUGGGGCUGGGCUAUAGGGCAGGAGGGGGUGGGGAAAGGGACUGGGGGCGGGGCCAGGAGCGGCACCAUGACAACGGUAAACAGUAGGGGCGGUCCCACUGGUGCUGGAAGGAGUGGGAGUGGCCCGGGCUGCAGCCGCCCCCGGCUCUGCCCCGAGAAGCUGAAGCAGGCCAAGCUGCAGGUGGAGAGAGCCAUCAAGGAGAAAAAGAUCUUCAUGGUGCAGGGCCGCUACCCUGUGAUCCGCCGCCUGCUGCGCGCACGGGGCUGGGUGGAGAGGAAAGCACAACACAGGGCACAGCAGCAGGAGGCAGGUGGUAGCAAUGCCGAGCUCAGCACAGCACAGCACGGGGUGCAGCCAUCCCUGGAAUCUCUGUGCUCCAUGUGCCUGCCCAAUGAGGAGGAGGAGGAGGAGGAGGAGGAGGAAGAACAGCUGGACAAGGACGACCCUGAUGGCAUCCAUGAGCUCAUGUCCCGCCUGGUGCAGCACCAGGUGCCCUACUUCAUCUGGAGCACCCGCUGCAGUGUUGCGGAGAGUUGUGUCCUGCGGCCAGACCAGGUGGUGAACCACUAUGCCCGAGGGGGCUGCCUUACCACCAAGGAGGGGCUGUGCCUCACCCUGCGCAACCUGCCCUGGUUCGACCAAGCCGACCCUGAUACCUUCUUCCCUCGCUGCUACCGGCUGGGUGCUGUGGAUGAGCGGCAGGCCUUCAUUGAGGAUUUCCGCCUCACUGCCGCUCGCAGCCUGCUCAAAGUGGCCCUGGAAAGGGCUGAGGAUGAGCAUACGGCGCUGGACCCAUCCCCAAAACCCAGCGAUGCUGCAGCAGAGGAGCUGGCCUCCCCGCUGCCCCCCCAGCUGGUGGAGGAGGCGCUGCGGGUGUGCGGGGGGCACCUGGGCAGCAUGGCCCACCAGGACAUCGACGGGGACGCGCAGCCCUCCAGCCCCGGCUGGGACAGCUUCCUGCAGGGCUACUAUCGCGUGGUGCACGAGGGGGCCGUGCUGCAGCUGAGCGUGGCACAGCGGGAACGGGGCCGCAGCCUGCUGCAGGGCCUGGCGGGGCAGCUGCCCCAGCUGCGCAUGGAGGGCGAGCGCAACGUCUGGAUCCUCAAACCCGGGGCUGCAUCCCGGGGCAGAGGCAUCGUGUGCGCGGCGCGGCUGGACCAGCUGCUGCGGCUGGCGAGCAGCACGGGGCGGGUGGGCCGCUGGGUGGUGCAGAAGUACGUGGAGCGGCCGCUGCUCAUCUUCGGCACCAAGUUCGACGUGCGGCAGUGGUUCCUGGUGACUGACUGGAACCCGCUGACCGUCUGGUUCUACCGCGAGUGCUACCUGCGCUUCUGCUCGCAGCCCUUCUCCCUGCGCCGCUUGGACGCGGCCGUCCAUCUCUGCAACCAAGCGGUGCAGCGGCACUGCCGCCUGGGGUUAUCCCGCCACCCGCGGCUGCCGGCAGACAACACGUGGUCGUGCCACCAGCUGCAGACAUACCUGGCGCAGCGAGGCCAAGCCAGCGUCUGGGCUGAGGUGAUGGUGCCAGGCAUGAAGGCGGCGGUGGUGCGGGCGGUGCGGUCCUCGCAGGGCUUGGUGCAGGGCCGUAAGGGCAGCUUUGAGCUCUAUGGGGCCGAUUUUAUUUUCGGCGAGGAUUUCCAACCCUGGCUGCUGGAGAUCAACGCCAGCCCCACCAUGGCGGGCAGCACGGCGGUGACGGGCCGCCUGUGCGCCGGGGUGCAGCGCGAUACGCUGCGCGUCGUCAUCGACCGCCAGGACGACCCUGAGUGCCCCACGGGAGCCUUUGAGCUCAUCUACAAGCAGGCGGUCGUACCCACCGUGAACUACGUGGGGCUGAAGCUGGAGGUGGAGGGCUGCUCCCUGCGCAGACAGCGCCACGCUCCCCGCUCCCUGGCUGCGGCAGGGGAAGCAGAGGACAGGCCCCCCCCGUAUGCUGCAGGGAUGCGGCCCAGGCGGCCCCCAGGAGCUCUGCCCCGGCUCAGAAGCUGUCCCCGUGUGCCCAUCGUGCCCCACCAGCGAGCUUUCCCCCACCUCGGCCACCUGCCCCUGCUGCAGGGCACUCGGUCCCACGGCGUGGAGAAGGGACGUGGGGCUCUGGGGCGGGCAAAGAGGAGGGGUGAUGGCCCAGUACGCCCCCAUCCCUCUUGGCAGAAAUAAAUCUGUGAGUGGGA